GGGGUGUUAGCGGGAGAGUCCUCAGCCGCACCCCCUUUUUCCACGGCCCCGGUUCAGAGGUGGGCGGCUGGACCUUCUUCAGUGACUGACGGACGGCUGAGCGGGAGGGAGGAGAGGUCGGUGGCUGGAGGCGAUCGUGGGAAGGAGAAACAGCCUUCGCUGAUCCCGAGGAAGGCUGCGCUGAAGGGGCAGGCGACGAAGCGCUGGAACCAGCCAGCCUCUUCUGCCGCCGUCUCUGCCGCCCGGGAUGUGCGGUGUGGGCCCGGGCCCUCCUGGCAGACGGAAGGGCUGAUUAAUCGGAGAAGGGAAGAUGGGGCGCGGGAAUAUGGCGUCUCCGGCGGGGUCGGUGGCUUCCUCCCGCAGCUGCUCUCAGAUAGGAGGCGGGAGGCGAUACUGCCUGUGGCGGCGUGCUGGUCCUUUUCUUUACUGGGUGCCGGUCCUCUUCAUCUGCAGCAUCCUGGCCUGGUCUUACUAUGCCUACGUCGCCCAACUCUGUCUGCUAACAAUAUCAAAUAUUGGAGAAAAAAUGGUGUGCCUGAUUGCGUAUCAUCUAUUUUUCAUGAUGUUUUUGUGGUCUUACUGGAAAACAAUCUUUACAUUACCAAUGAAUCCUUCCAAAGAAUUCCAUCUGAGCUAUUCAGAUAAGGAAUUGCUGGAAAGAGAACCUAGAAAUGAAACCCAUCAAGAAGUGCUAAAGAGGGCAGCCAAGGACCUCCCUAUCAGUACAAGAACCAUGUCUGGAGCAAUCAGAUAUUGUGAUAGAUGCCAACUUAUAAAACCAGAUCGUUGCCAUCACUGUUCUGUCUGUGAUAAAUGUAUUUUGAAAAUGGAUCAUCACUGUCCCUGGGUGAACAACUGUGUUGGAUUCUCAAAUUACAAGUUUUUUCUUUUGUUCUUGGCUUACUCUCUAUUAUACUGCCUUUUCAUCUUUGCAACUGAGUUACAGCAUUUUAUUAGAUUCUGGACAAACGGCCUUCCUGACACUCAAGCCAAGUUCCAUAUUAUGUUUUUGUUCUUUGCAGCAGCUAUGUUUUCAAUUAGCUUAUCCUCUCUCUUUGGUUAUCAUUGCUGGUUGGUCAGUAAGAAUAAAUCAACUUUAGAGGCCUUCCGGGCACCUGUUUUUCGACAUGGAACAGAUAAAAAUGCAUUUAAUUUGGGCUUCAGCAAAAACCUAAGGGAAGUCUUUGGAGAUGAGAAAAAGUACUGGCUGUUGCCAAUUUUUACCAGCCUAGGAGAUGGAUGCUCUUUUCCUACCUGCCUUGUUAACCAAGAUAUUGAACAAGCUUCUACUCCUGCAGGACACAAUGCAAAUAAAAAUGAGAAUAGUCACCAUUUUCCGGCUAAGACAUUACGAGAUUCUCAGAGCCACCUUCUUACUGAUCCUCAAUCUUGGAGAGAAACUAGUGCAGAUACUGAAAAGAACAAACUAGGUAUGAGCAAUCCUGCAUUAUCUAUGGAAAAUGAAAUCUAAUCUUGCAAGUAAAGAAAACAACAUUGGGUCUUAAAAAAAAGCACUGUUGAUGAAAGGAUGAAGAAUUCAUCCACUAUAUCAGCAUUCAUCAACCAACUACUCAGUCCACUACUACAUGGAUGUGCUCAGAAAAAUCUCAAGGCCUAAUUAGCUGUCUCUGCAUCAUCCCUUGAAAUAUCUGUUGACACCUCGAUUAUCAUAAAAAUAAUGGUUUGGCUAAAAUAGAAUAUGGUUACCGUGCAAAAUGGAAGUCUUGAAAAUGACACAUUGGGAAUGAUGGAAAUCUUAAUGUAUACAGGACAAGUGUUAAUCCUUUAGAGAUAAUAGGCGUGGUUUUGGAUCAACAUUUAUAGUUCAAGUGAGCAUAAAUUUUAUAUAUAAUCUAAACACGCUUUUGGAAGCAGUUCUUGAAUUUUAAAUGGAAAUCUUGCUUGUGAUUUCCACCUGCAAACUACUUUUAUUCCUUGGACUAUAAAGAAAGCUUUCUCAGUUCAUUGAGUAGCUUGUUUGUUGAUUGCAUAUGAGCAAAAGAUAUUUUUGAUUGCUGCCUUCAGUUGAGUUAGCAAAACUGUUUUAAUUAUAAACUAGCCUCAGGUUGGACAAUCAUGCUCAUGCAUACCUUUAUAUAAGGGCUAGAUUAUAAUUUCUCUUAUUUCAUUACUGAGACCAAAACAAACUUCACAUUUAUUUAUAUAUGUAAAAAUAAGGAGGGUAGUUAGAACCAUGCUCAGAGUAAGGCUUUUUGAAACUUUAUGAUAGUGAAUUCAGGUACUCAAUCUUACUUGAAAUGAUUUUUUUUUAAAUUGACAACGGUCAAUUUAAAACUUUGACCUAAGUUUGUAUCAAUAAGAGGCUUUGUUGUAUCUGAGCAUCCUUAAAUUGCUGCAUUUCUAUUACCCUGGUGAUUUACAUAUGAAGAGAUGUAAAUAUCAUGUAACACUCAUGUUCAUACUUUUACUGUGGUUCAGAUUAUAUUCUUAAUAAGAUAACUGGAUCUAGCAGAGACAAACUUUAAAUGAAGGCUUUAAUGAACUUUUAUAUGAUCUAAGAACCAAAUUUAAAACUUAUGAAAUUUCGGAAGCCAAGGAACUUAACAGUUUCAUAGAACUGGUUUUAUCAGUGCCUUUGCAUGUACAGUGGAAGAUGAAAUUAAUACAUUUAAGCUGCACUUAAUACAGUAUGCUGUUUACAUAAAAUAGGUUAUAAUCAAUUUCAAAAUGGUCCAUAAACAGUUUGGUUAGGGAAGAAUAUGAGAAUUGUACAUCUUACCAAAAAGAAUUUAAGAAACAAAAAAAAGUUUUCAGAAUCACUUUGGAAGUGACUUUAGACUUCUAAACAGGCACUACGCAUAGAUCUGACUGAAUGACAUUCCUCAGCUGCAGUUGUCUCAAAUAUUUUUUUAAAAGCACAUUAUUUUCUGUAGCUGAAUAGAUUUUAAAUAUUUCAGAAUGGUCUUGUGGAGAAUAAAUGAGAUAGCAUGAUGAUAUUGUGAUGAUAUUAUUACAACUGUAAUAGUGUAGAUUUGGAUUUUUCCCUGAUAUUUUAAUCUUUGAAAAAUCUCAGUAGGAUCUAAUCACCAAAAGUGCCAGAAUAUGACCCAUAAAAUUUGGGAUAUUUGAAAAGGUUGUGUACUUCUAGUUUAUAGUUUUACACAACAUAUAUUAGCAUUGACAAUUCAUUUUCAUAGCAAUGUUCUAAUUAUUUAUAUUUAGAUACGGAAGUGAUGAGAAUAAAAUAAGAAUACUCCUUAUACUGUUUAAUCAUCAUAUACUGUACAUUGUGAAAUGUUUUGCUCUGUUGGGUUGUCUUUAAAAUUGUGUAAAUUGAAGGGGAAAAUUUGCAAUUCAGUUCUCAUACACUUGUUAAAUAUAAGAUCUUACAGUAUUUUUCAGUAAAAUUCAAAAUAACGGAACAGACAUGUCUCUCUCAGCAUGUCUUCAUGAAAACAGACUGUCAGCUGUCCAAUGCCAAAAUUUUGCAGGGAAGGGACACUUGAACAUAUUCAGGUUGUAAGAGCCAUGUAAAACUAGAGAAGAGUUUAUGGUAGAUAUGAGAUUUUAAAAUAAUGUAUCUUCUUUUAAUACAUUGGGCAUAGAAUUAAAUUGUUUCUUCACAUUACAACCAUCUCUAUUUUGCUCUGGAAGUAAAUGCUAUUGACUUUUACAAUCAGGAGACUUCCAAUAAAAGGUUUGGGAUUGGAGUGAGUAGUGAGAUAGCAAUCACAAUAAAGAAAAAGAAGAGACAUCUCUGCAACUUGGUAUUCCAAUCAGCCUUGUUCAAAUUCCUGCUGCAACUGUGUGGGGAAAAGGAUUCUGCACAUUAUCUGCUAUACACUUGCAUUUGGGAAACCACAACUUUGAUGAACUGAAAACUAGGGAUCUUGCCUGAUUAAAGACAAUUAAUUGUAAUCAAUUACAUCAUUUUUGCUUGAUUGGUUUAUUGCUAGGAUGGGCAAUCUUUGUGUGUUUGAAUGUGUGGCAGGGAAGAGCCUUGUCAUUUUUUAACAUUGUGUUUCACUUGUUAUAGGAUUCCCACUAUAGUUUUAUUUGAUUCCUGUGUUACAUGUGCACUAAACAAUUUGGUAAGUGGGUAUAUUGUGAUUUGGGAUGAAUGUAAGUUCUGAAGGGGAAAAAACACCUUAAAUGAUGCAGACAUUGCUUCAUGCAAGAGAAAAAAGAAAUGCUUCUGUAGAAGCUGAAUACAGCAGAAAGAAUCUUAAGUAUUUGUGUUAGAAAUGUAUUGCCGUAUUAAGCAAGGAUCUUUUAAAAUGCCUAUAGCACAACCGUGUACACAUUGUUGGAUUUAUUCUAUGUUUUUCAUAUAUAUUUUUCUAAAAAUAGAAAGCAAAAUAUUUAAUUAUAGCAAAAUCUGAACAAAUUGAUUUGAAUUCUUCAGUGUUAUUUCAUCAGAUUUUAAACAUUCCUUUUGCACUUAGAAAAUGUAGCUACUAUCUCAUCCUACUAACUGGAAUCCAGAUUAGUUGAUAGUGAAAAUCCAGCUGCUAUAAAAAUGAUAGAGAUACUCCUUGACUUACAAAUGGUUGUUUAGCAGCUAUUCAGUUAGUGGCUGUAUGAUCCAGACUGAAAGCUCCAAUGGUUGCCUCCUGGGUCUGCAGUCACAUGACCACUUUGGGCAUUCAGCAACCAGGCUGUAUGUAUGGCUAUGUGCAACGUCCCAUGGUCACAAGACAUUUUACAGCAAUUUUGCUGAAAACCACACUCAUAAUGAAUGAUUGGCUCACUUAACAACUGUGGUAUUUGCUCCACAAGAAGUGUUCACUUAAUGACUGCCAGAAAAAGGAUAACAUUGGGUUGAUAAAUGAUUAAUCCAUUUUAUAGCUAUUACAAUUUACGACCAUGGUGGACAGACUACAUUACGUUCCUAAGUCGAGGACUACCUGAACAAAUAAUUAUGUUCCAACUACAUUUUCCUAACUCUUCCUGCACCUUUCAUAUCAGUAUUCAAACUGAAUACUAAUUAUCAACAGUAUGUUUUGGUGAAACCAUAGCAACUAUGAAAUUUCCACAGCAAAACUGCAGUUAGAUGAUAAUCCUAUUGACUGAAAAUGUUUUAAUCAUAAUUUUGUCUGAUUUCUAAAAGGACUCACUCUGCAUUGUACAAAUGAAUUAAAAUCCAUAAACGUAGACUUUAGUUAACUGCACACAGUCAAAACUAAUCAAUUACCUUUGUGAAAUAGGUUUAUGCCAUAGGUUCGCCAUUACAGGUAUAGAGUAAAGGAUUUGACACACAACCUUGUGGGGUACCAGUGUUAAGAAUAAAGGCUGAAGAGAUGAUUACCUAAUCUGACCCUUUGAGAGCGGCCAAACAGGAAAUCCAUAAUCCAAAGGCAGAUUGAUUAAGAAAGUAAUCAUAUUAUAACAGCAACCUUCUUCAGUUUGUCUUUCUGCAUAAUUAUCAGAAGUGCUGUACCAUUUAAAAUCAAAAGAACAGAACACAGUUGGAAUCAACAUGAAAUAUUCCAGUUUUACAUAGAAGGUUUGAAGUCUUAGUUUUUAAAAAUUCAUAUGUUGCUCAUAGAGUAAUGCAAGUAGAAUUCCACCUUGAGUUUGCAAAACGGAAUCCAACUUCUUUAAAGGAAACCAGCCUGUUUCAUUCAAGAUUGAACACUUCUAAAAUCAAAUAAUUUCUGGAACACUCUGGGGAUGGAAUCUUCCAUGGUGGGAUGUUUGUACAGGCUAACUCUCAUGCUUGUUAUGAUUGUCAAGACCAUCGUUUUGUUGUUAAUACAGAAACAGUAGUUAUCGUGGCUCUCAAAAAUGUGCACAAAAAAGAUAUUCAAACAGUGCAGAAAGGGAUAAAGAGUGAAAAGUAUCUCCAAAAUCUAAGGGGAUUAAAUACUUUUUAUUAGUAUGGUGCCUAAUGUAGUGCUGUAUGAAGAUAACCUUGAAGAAAUAAAAGGGCAGUGUCAUAAACAUUAGAUUAGCCUUGAAAUGGAAGAGGAUGAGUCAUCUUAAUUCUUUUGGACACCUAAACAAGCCCAGUUUUUGCAUCCUAAACAUCAAAUCCAAUGCAGUUCAUGAAAACAAGAAAAUGUCCAUUUGCUGCACACCAAGCUAACUUUAGUGACCUACCAUAUUUUUUGACAAAGACAUAGAUUUAACUGUUCUAUUAUUUAUGCCCUUCAUGGCUUUUAUGUUUAUGUAUGAUUUCCUAUUUUGUUUAAUAAUAGCAAGAUUUUCAAAACUAAAUAACUUUUUUUAAAAAUUUAACAUUUCCAAACUGAAAAUAUUCUCAAAUAUUGGCCAAAUGCCAGAUUGUACAUAAAAGUGCAGGUCUUACAGUGUAGAAGUGCUUCUGUUUUGCUUUCUUUUGUAUUCUUCAAAAACAUACUGUGUAUUUUUGUAUUAUGUUAACUUCUGGGGGAAAAAUGAACUCUUUCAAGCAAACCAAUCAUGAUUUAAAUUCCAGAUUCAAAAAGUGCAUGGGCAACAAAGCAUUGGUUUUGUUGACUUAUAAGUCAACUGUUCUGCUGGCUUAGAGGCUAUACAGCCAGUGAAACAUCUGCAAUUUUCUUAUCACAUGAAACUUAAACGGGGCAAUUACUGAAAGACCUACUGCAGAAUCUACCCCACUUUAAUCCCAGAGCAAAAAGUAUUCAAGUAGAGGAGCGAGGAAGCUUAAUAUAUAUUAUAGAACACAAAGGCUAUAACUCAUCCCAGAGUAAAUCUCAAUGUAACAUAAUUGGAAGUAAAAGUUGAAGCCAUGAUAUACCACGUUACAGAGCUUUCAAAGGAAAGGUUUAUACAGCUCAUGGCCAAAGUUGGAUCUGCAUUUUGAGAAAAGUGGCAGAACCAGAAGUUGCAAGCUUGUAAAUUCAUGCUACGUAGUAUACCACAUUAUGUCCAUUUUGCAAACAACACAUCUAAAUUGUAGUUUCAGAUUAUGAAGGAACAAUAAGACUGACACAAAGAGAGUAGGAUUC